AGGAAGUACAUAGAUAGAAUUUUUGAAAGCGGGUGUGGGUGCUCUGGGGAUUGUUUUGGUAAAAUUUCCUCAUUCAAAGAACAGGCUUACAUACAGAUUUUGAGGCUAAGAGAGUAUACAAAGAGUGAGAGAGACGUUUACAUUCUGUCCAAACUAGAAGACCAACUUAUUACUACAGAUGACAACAUCAACGGAGGGAAACGACAAAGGCAACGAUUUCAUUAUUGUUUUCAGGGAGUGGAAAUCUGCGAGAGUACAUGGAGAUCUUUAUUUGAAAUUGGGCGUUCAGAAUUCAAAAAUUUGAAAAUGCAAUUGAAGGAAAACGGCGCAACUCCACGUGUUCAUGGACUAGUAGGAAAAAAAUCCAACCAUGGGCAUCCAUUUGCUGUCGUGGAAGCUGCUAUUUUGUUUUUGAAGAGAUAUGCAGAUCAGUUUGGGCUGCCUUUACCUGCUGCCCCAAGAGCCCGUGAUAACACGCCACCAGUUCUAUUACCAUGCAGUGAAAGUAAAAUGUCGAUUCACAUGAAAUAUAAGGAGGCUUGCUUGGAAACUGGAAGUCCUUACAUGGAAUUAACAACUUUCAAAGGAGCAUGGAACUCCUGUGUUCCGUACAUACAGUUUAUCAAGCCGAAAACAGACCUAUGUAAGACUUGCCACGAUCUCAGGGAAGAUAUAUCUGGUGCCUUCGGAGAAGAAGUCAAAUUACAAUUGACACAACGCCUUUUACUUCAUGUAAAAGAGGCGAAACGGGAACGUGAUUUUUACAAACUAUGUACAGAAAAUGCAAGAGUCGAACUGAAACAUUUUGAAAAACCUCAUGGAAAAUUCCUGCAGCCCUGUUCCAUGCCCUUCACCAACGUCCAUUACACGUUUGACUUCUCACAAUACGUUACUGUACCACAUUCAUCUCAGCAAGUCGGUGCUCUCUUCUUCCUCCAAUCGAGAAGAAUCCAAAUUUUUGGAGUUUGUGAUGAGAAUUUCCCUAUGCAGACAAACUAUCUAAUCGAUGAGAAUGAAACAAUUGGAAUAAAUGGAAGCAAAACGCACGGGCCGAAUGCAGUUCUAAAGAUGGUGCAUCACUAUUUGAAUGCCAAUAGCUAUGGAGAGAUAGCCUGUCAUCUCCAUGCUGACAACUGCGUAGGGCAAAAUAAAAAUAAAACUACUUUGCACUAUUUGGCAUGGCGAUGCUGCACAGGUCGACACAAAGAAAUACAGCUACAUUUCAUGAUUGCUGGACACACAAAAUGUCUAUGUGAUUCCUGUUUCGGCAUGAUUAAGAAGAAAUUCCGCAGGUCGGAGGUUAAUGGUAUACAGGAACUGGAAGCAGUGGUUGAAAAUUCUGCAAAAUGCAACACCGCGGUUCGAUAUGGAGGACAGGUUAACGGAUUACAAUGGUUUGGAUGGGAUACUUUCUUCAACGCGUACUUUAAACCUUUAAAAGGCAUCGGAAAAUUCCAUCACUUCCGCUUUUCUGCAGAAGAACCAGGUGUUGUUUAUGCCAGAAAUACGCUUGAAGGCCCUGAAGUGCGAGUAAAUCUUUUAAAAGAGAAGGUGAACAUAGAUAAAGUCGUCAGUGGAUUUCCAGAGGUGAUUGCUCCAGCUGGACUCUCAGUUGAAAGAAGAAAUUACCUUUUCAAUGAGAUCAGAGCUUACGUAAAAGCGCCGUACAAAGACGUAACAUGUCCGGCUCCAGACGAGGAGUGAUUCAAUUUCUGGUCCCUGAUCGAUGCUUAUCAAUCUAAAUUGACAAGUACAUACGAAUCAAGUUUAAAUUUUAUACUUUUUUGC